AAAUUAACAUCUUUACAACCACAACUAUUUUUUUUACUUUCUUGAAUACACUAUGAGUGGAUUUCGCCUUCUUGACUUAGUCAAGUUCUUCCUUCCUAUCUUGCCUGAAAUUGAAUCUCCAUUGGAAAGAGUAAGUUUUGAUGAAAGAAUCGUAUUCACUGUUGCCAGUGGUAUCAUUUUCCUCUUGAGUCAAUUGCCAAUCUACGGAUUGGUUCCAAACGCUUUCUUGAAGAUUAACGAUCCAUUCUACUUCAAUAGAUCUAUCUUUGCCAUGGAAAAGGGUACCUUAUUGGAACUCGGUUUAUUGCCAGUUGUUACUGCUUCUUUGGCUUGGCAGUUAGCUGCUGGUCUCAGACUUGUCAAGGUCAACUUCAAUUUGAGAAGUGAACGUGAAUUGUUCCAAACUGGUCAAAAGCUCACUGCAUUUGCUUUGGCCGUUGCCUACGCCGUUGGAUUGAUUCUUACCGGCUACUAUGACAAUGUCAUUCAAGGUUUCAACCCAGCUGAAGACAAAUUCCCACCAGUUGGUGCCGUUGCUCUUAUCUUACUCCAAAUCGUUGGUACCUCUGUCUUUAUCACCUUAAUGGUUGAAAUCUUCGACAAGGGCUUUGGUUUUGGUAGUGGAUUCCUUUCUUUCAUUGCCUUGCAAGUUGCCACCAACCUCAUUCGUGAUGUUGCUAGUUUCGAAUCUUACCCAAUUGCUGGUACCGAUAAGUUUGAAACUUUUGGUUCCUUGGCUAAUGCCUUGAAGUCUCUUAAGAGCUUCUCUCUCAACACUAACUUUUUUGAAUCUUUUACCAGAACUAACUUGCCAAACUUGAACCAAUUGAUUGUAUCUAUUCUUUCAGUCUUGGUUGUAAUUGGUUUACAAAACAUGAGAAUUGAAUUGCCAAUUAGAUCUACCAAGGUUCGUGGUAUGGCCAACGUUUACCCAAUUAGAUUGUUGUAUACUGGUGCCUUGCCAAUUGUUUUUGCCUAUGCUGUUUUGUCCAACAUUCAUAUUUUCGGUUUCAUCCUUGCCAACCUUUUGAACACUUACACUUCUGCCACCAUCAUUAGCUCUUUGAUUGGUAAGUGGGCUGUCAACGUUCAAUCUCAAAAUUUGGAAUUAACCUCUGGUGCUUUAUACUUUUUAACUCCAGCUACCUCUCUUUUCGGUACCUUAUUGUCUCCAAUUAGAUCCAUUGUGUAUUCUGCUACCAUUGUUGGUUUGUCUUGUUGGUUUGCCAACAUUUGGUCUGGAAUUUCUGGUUCUUCUCCUCGUGAUAUUGCCAAGCAAUUCAAGGAACAAGGUAUCACCAUCUCCAGUAAGAGAGAUAUUUCCAUUACCAAGGAAUUGUCAAGAGUCAUCCCAGUUGCUUCCGUCAGCGGUGCUUUUGUUUUAGCUGCUACUUCUAUUGCAGGUGACUUAUUGGGUGGUUUAGGUAAGGGUGUUGGUGCUGUGGUUGGUAUUUCUGCAGCCUUCGGUAUUUUGGAAGAUUUCAUGAUUGAAUUCCAACAAAAUGGUGGUGCUUCUCAAUUCGGAAAUGCCAUUGGUGGUCAAUUCUAAUUUAGUCCAUAUGAAAGUUUGAAAGGUUGAUACUCUUAACGGAGCCUUAAAUCGUAGAAGAUACUACAGCAAGAGUUAAGAAAAUGAGGAUUCUCCAUUUAUUCAUAGAGCUGAAAGGCAAACUCCCCAUAUCUUGCAUUGAUACAUGGCUCUUUAUUGAAUUAAAUAAUUAAUUAUAUCGACA